GUCUUGUUCCCUCUAGACUCGGUUUCACAGCCUACUGCUAGGUCUGCCUCCUGGGACUAGGGAUGGACGGGUUCGAUGUGGCCCCAGGGCUAGUGGCCAGUGGGCAGGAGCGCCCCCGCCCCCCGCCAACGGCUGGACAGCGGGCAACGGAAUCCCAAAAGCAGCUGUUGUCUCCAGAGCAUUCCAGCUGCGCUUGGAUUUCGUCCCCUGCUCUCCUGCCUGAGCAGCGCCCUGGCCCAGAUAGGGUACUCCUGACCCCCGGACAUACUUUACUGAGCCGCUUGGGUCUCAGUUCCUCUCAGGUGCGCCCUCAGGCUGGAGGUGAUGGUUGUAGAAGUCGGAGAGCUGAAGCUGGUGGCCGUCUCUGGAACCCUGAGGAGCACUGGCGAGGGAGGGUAGACCCAGGACCUCCGGGUAGGGCUGCAAUGAUAGUGAGUUCCCGAGGACCGCCUCAGCCCGCAGCUUUGCUAAAGAUAGCCCUCUACUUCCUGGGGAAAACCACCCCAACCGUCUUCGUGGAUGAGAGUAUCUAAAGUCUUCAGUUGGCUGAAGGUUUCCAACCCUGCUAAGCAGCUGUCUCCAAGUCAUGCGCCUUCAGAAUGGAAAGCGCUUUGGAAUGACACGAUCACUCCCGUUGAGUGGGCACCCGAGAAGCCAUCGGGAAUGUCGUGUCCGCCCAGUGCUCUUUCGGCGCCUCCCAUCAGGGCCUUAGCCCUGGCCCAGAAAGCGGUCUUGUCAAGUUUUUCCUGCCCCUGGGUUUCCCUCCUCUCUGGAUUUCCCAGCUCUCUGCUGAAUUAGCUUCCAUCUCUAUUAAAAGGAAGGGAUGGUGGUAUGUUACGUUGAAAUGAAAACAUUUGGGAACCUUUGCGGGGGGGGGGGGGG